UUUUCAGAAAUCUCUCUUGUGGACAGAGAUUUCCAAUGAACCAAACGCCAAGGAAAAUAGAGAACUGUGUGGGAAUCUUAGAAUUUUGUCCUUCAAGAGCAGGAGUGCUACGGAUAAUAUCCUUUGAUUAGGGGUAAAAUCGGAAUAUAUUUGAAAAAGCAGGAAAAAGCCCGGGAGAAUUAAGUAGGCCUCAAGCAAUGGGUGCAUUCAGUGUUGUAUGGCUUGGUACAUAAGCAUGGAAUUCUUUCACAGCUCUUUCUGCCUUAUGUAAUCAAACCCUUGUUCUUAUUGUCACCUCCAAAAUUAGGGUAACAUUCAGAUACAAAAUUUUUUCUCGAUUACAUUCAAUUUGAAGGUUUAACAAAUGGGGCAGAAGCUUGGAAGUCUAUGGGGAAGAGUUCAAGGUAAGCAGCAACUACGAAUGAUAACAGACAAGGUUUUUGAUGAAUUUGCAGCAGAACCUGAUGCAUUUUCAUUCAACCGAAAUGAUCUCUAUAUUUCAAUUCUGGUCGUCUAUAAUAAUAUCAACAAGUAUUUCCCUGGCCCUCACAAGGAACCUCCAUCACGUGAGCUAUUGGAUGCUAUGGUUGAGCGAUUUCAUUUGGGUCGAGACAGAGCCAUCAAUCGAGACGAGUUCUACGAAUUGGUUCGACAAUGUGUCGCUAAAGAUUUGUUUUGGUUCGUUGCGAGCAAAUUCAUCCUUGCUCUUUGUGCUGCCCCUGCUGCAGCUUGCGGGACUAAGAGAGUAGCAACUCGAGUUCCUCGAGUGGGUAAGGCAGUGGAGAAGAUCCCGACUUCGGUUCUUGCCUCUUUCUUCACUGUCGGCUUCAUUCUUCUCCAAGAUGCCCCAGUUUCGAUCGAAUGAGUUACACCUAAUUAUUCGAGAUAGAGAGCUUUAAUGCAUUCUUUGGAGAGAGAGAGAGAGAGAGAGAGAGAG